AUGACGAUGAAGAAUACUGAUAGUGUGAUUCAAUCCAAUAUGCAUGUUUCUUGUGAAUUAUAUAAGAAAACCGGUCUGUUAUUGAAAUCCUCCUCAUCGAAGAAAACAUUCCGUUCAACGUAUCAGUCGAACAUGCUGAUUAAACGUAUUCAUUGUAAAAAACAAUGUGUUCAUUGGAAUGAUCAGAUUCAACCGAGAAACUCUUUAUACUGUUUCAUUUCUUCGUCUACAUCGAAUCGAAUGUAUUCGAAAGCUAUAUGUCAUGCAGUGUCAUUAGUGUCGUCACGAUCCCCGUCAUCCGCCGUAUCAUCAUCAUCAUCCUCAUGUUCAACAUCGUCGACAUCAACACCUUCACCUUCAUGGUCUCCUUCAUGCAAUUCAUCUUCGUUUAGUUCGUAUUCAUCUUUAGAAACAAUCGGAAUGUAUUCAAAUCACAAUACAGAAUCGGAUAACUAUUCAUCUAGUGAAUCAGAGAAUACUUUCAAUAAUUCACUUCGGAAUAAGCAAUCAUUGAAUAGAACAUCUGAUUUUUGUAAGACAUCAAUGUCAUCAGAAUCAUCGUCAACAUCGUCAUCAUUAAUGUUAUCAAAUCAAGUGUAUACUUGUAAGAAAUGUGAAAAAGUUUGUGUUAAUCAUAAGCGUAAGUUAUGA